GUUUCAGUCUCUGCCUUGUGAAUGGGCUAUGGCUGUUCAUCACGGAAUGAGAAGUUCCCUAUUUGUGUGUAGGGUGAAAUCGUAUGAGGUCCUUUGAUCCGCAUUCUUACGUGUAGGCGGUGCGCCGUGCUUUCGCUCUCGGCGUGGAGUUCACAACCGGUAGCGUCUGAAGCUUCAGGAGUUCCGGGUCGCGCGUUCGCCGCCAAAAUGUCGGGCAGGAAGAAGACCAGGGAAGUGAAGGAGGAGGCGGUCCACUACGGUCCAACUGUCCGUGAAGGCGAGCACGUGUUCGGUGUUGCCCACAUUUUCGCGUCCUUCAAUGAUACGUUCGUGCACGUAACGGAUCUGUCAGGGAAGGAAACGAUCGCCCGUGUUACAGGUGGGAUGAAAGUGAAGGCGGAUCGUGAUGAAGCGUCUCCCUAUGCGGCUAUGCUUGCAGCACAAGACGUUGCACAGAGGUGCAAGGAGCUCGGUAUCACUGCGCUGCAUAUCAAGCUUCGUGCCACGGGCGGUAACAAGACGAAGACCCCUGGCCCUGGUGCUCAGUCCGCUCUUCGGGCGUUGGCGCGAUCGGGGAUGAAGAUUGGAAGGAUCGAGGACGUGACGCCCAUUCCCACGGACAGCACGAGAAGAAAGGGUGGUCGUCGUGGCCGUCGUUUGUAGACAGACUACUUCCUCGCAUUGCUUUUCCGUACAUGUGCGUUUUUUCUCUGGUGGGCCUUCGAUCGAGGAGUUUUUUGUCAUCGCGAUGGAUUGCGGUCUGAGCAGUUUCCAAUUAGGAUGGUGCUCGUACGGCGGAGUUAAUGAGGGGAAAGGAGCUGUCUCUGCUGCUUUGUGUGGAAGCAAAUUUUGAUUUGCCCGAGGGAGCGAAGGCAUACGUUCCCGCGGUGUUUGGUUCCGUAGUGUUCGUUCCGCCAGCAAUGUUCCCGUAGCAACAAGUACAAAUUUUCCGAGUGUUAUCUCUUGUGCCUUUUGGCUUUUCAUUCCAAACGAUGACACGUGGUCCAUCUUUUACGCAAAUGCGUCUCGUCUUGUGCGAUUUGACUAUGGAGGAUGAAAAUCAUGACACGUGGCGCUCCGUAAAGGAGGUCGUGUCAUCUUGUCAGUACUGACGUUUGUGUGAACAUGGAAAUUUUGCAAACAAAAACAGAGAGACCAAGACGGGUUUGGUGGCCGCGGUGCAGUUGGUUGUCAACUGGUUGCUUUCUCCGAGACAGAUGGCAGCGCGCUUGUCCCUUGCUGCGUAAGCACUGUUUAUCAGAUGGCAGAAAAUACUUAAUCCUUCGGAAGGAGUUCUUUCCACCUUGCUUUUUCUAUUUCUACGUUGGAAGGAAGCCACUGAGAAACGCCGGGCGGUAUGGCCUGAUUGAGAGUUGCUCGGGGUAGUGAAGGGAAAUCGCGUUUUCAAUUAUAAGUGUGACAUUGUUUUUCAACACGUCCGUAUUGUAUGAAUGUUCGACGUCCAAUCUCUGCGACUGUGCAUAAGUAAAGUUUUGAUGUGACUCGUGGUGCUAGUCGCGCAGAUGACUCUUGGGGCAUUGCCCGGAAGACAUAACACGGGUAAUGUCUGGUACUGUCAAAGUCACUUCAUGGACAUCGCAGCAUCCUCCCUCUCUCUCACUCCCUCUUUCACACGCACACCCAUACCCUUGUCCGCACUCAGCUUUUUUCUUUUCCUGUGGUAAAUUUGGAUCGAUGUAUAGAAGAAUAGCAUAUGCUCUGCCGUUAUGAGACGGAUGGUUCUCUUUCUCGUCCUGCUGCUCCUCCCCCUUCAAGCUUCCCCGGCAUCGUCUCCGUGCAUCUCUCUCUCUUACGCACACCGUUACGGCUUUUUGGCUGAUCUCAAGUGCAGCAUCUGUCUGAUCAGUUCAAUAUCUGAUCCGUGGUUCAUCGGACCACACGAAAAUAAAAGGGUGUGCGCGGCACGCUCCACUGUAUUCUAUUGUGGCGACAGCGGUAAAAAUUCGUAGAGGUUGAGCUCUGCACUCCUAUGACUGUCCCUGUUCAACGAGAAUCCUAGAUGGGCAGUGCUGCGAUAGCCGUGACGGCAGCUAUGGUCGCCGUCUUCACGCGAAUACGCACGGUUAUUCCAGACUGUCGCAGAUGUAGCAGGGGAAGAUGGGACUGAGUUCUCUAAAUGUAUAGAGUUGUAUAUCUAACUGAAGCGUUUAUGGCGUUUCCCAAACGGAAACUGUCAGGUCUUUCUGGCGGGGGAGCAUGGUAAAUCAUGACGAUUUCGGUUAAAUAAACGCCGAAAUCCCAUGCUGGACGUAGUCGAAUGCCCAAAGGGGUAUUUCAUCGUAAUAAUGGAAUUCUCUGCGCAGUGCUACCUUUCCGUUCACUGGAAUCGCUUAUCGAGACCGAAAAUUGCCCCGAAAUGCGGCUAUUAUUACCUGGCAACCUUCAAGUGUGAAAUCGGUAAGUCGAAUGCGAUCGAACAAGGUGAACCUUUGACGACAGAACAUGUGAGCCUUUGACGAUAGAAUAGAACGCCCGGUCAUUAUCGGCAGGUGUUGGCUGUGCGUUGUGCCGAAUAC